GUGUGUGGCGAGAAAUCGCUUUUUGUGAGUCGAGAAAUUUCCUCGCCCGCGCAAACCUUUUCUGAUAAAAAUCAAUAGUUUUCUUCAACAUGAGAUCAUCGAGGACGUUUUCAAAGCACAGGAGACUAUUCGACGCUCGAUGUAUUCGUGUUGAAAGUGAUGGCAAGCUUACGGGAUCGUGAUUCGUGUGCCAGCUCCUUCAUCGACUAAGAACGGUUGCACGGAUUCUGUCCGCGAGCCUCAAUGUGACGGGAAUCUACCGCUCUUACGAUUCUCCCGAGUGUGUUCCAGUGGUACGCGCAAUUCCUUCGAAUUUCGAAUCUCGAGAAGGGAACGACUCGUGGAAAAAUUAUCCGGCAUGAGGCACCAGCAAUUGCGGAAACGAGGAGCUGAAGCGGCUCGAUAUGAAAAGCUCCAAAAAAUGCAGCUCUGAGAGCGAACCGAUGACACCGCUGAACCGGCGAUUCUCCCGUUAAUUAACUUAUUGGAAUUAUUUCAUUCCGAUCAGAUUCGUGUUGUGUGAGUGAUUCGAGAGGAAUGUCGUUGCCACGGGGUGUCGGCAUCGGUGUCGACGUUGGACAACUGAUGCAACAACAUCAGCAACAGCAACAACAGCAUCACGUGCUACCCGCAGCUUUCUUCCUCCGUGCUAGUGCCGAACGUUAUCAAAGAACACCCAAGUGUGCGAGGUGUCGGAAUCACGGUGUUGUUUCGGCCCUUAAAGGACAUAAACGAUAUUGCCGGUGGCGCGAUUGCGUUUGUGCCAAAUGCACUUUGAUAGCCGAAAGACAACGAGUCAUGGCUGCUCAGGUUGCGUUGAGGCGGCAACAAGCCCAAGAGGAGAGCGAAGCUCGUGAGUUGGGUCUUCAGUUGCAGUACAAUAACGGAAGCUGCACAACCACGCCCGUGAUGGCGACGAGUUCGUCCUCGUCGUCCGGAGCGACGGCUCCGGCUUUGGCAGAAAGUUCGUCGCCUUCACACCCGAGCCACGGGAUCGGGAAUUCUGCGGAAUUGGGUGGGAUCCCAGCCGCAGUUGCGGCCGCAGCGGCCGCGCAAAUACAAAAUCAGUUACAGCAGCAUCAGCAGCCUGAUUGCGCCGGCCUCCUUCAACAAAUUCAAAGGAUUCCUCAGGACGAUUAUCGAUUGAGCAAAGGCGACAACAAGGACAGCGGCAGCAGAGUUACAAAACAACCUGACCUUGAAAAACCUGCUUAA